GUAUAUCAGAUAGUAUAACGACGAUACCCCAACAUGGAAAAUCGUAAAAAAAUAAGACGUUAUAAAAUGGGUUUAUACAAGAACUACGAAAAAUUAUACGAGUACAAUGUAUCUCCACGCACAUCAGCAAUAUGGAAAACUCUUGCCAUAGCUCAACAUUGUAAUAUUGAAAAUAAUACUGGAGUCCAUAAAGGCAUCAGAAAUGCUGCUUGUAGAGACGAUUACAAUAACAUUGCCGAACAACUGGGGGAUUGCAGCGAGAGAUCUGAUGCGAAUGACAUUACCAUGCAGUAUUCCCCAUGUACGACAAAGACAGCAAGAAAUAAAGGAGAUAAUGACGACACAAUUAACAGUAAUAAAUUUAACAGUAGUGACAUAGAUUGCAUCGACGAUGAAAAUGAAAUAAAUAACGAAGAAAGUAUGGAUAAUAGAAUAACGGACGACUGUGACGACAACGAAAGUGAAACGAGAAAAGAAAAAGAUGACGAAGAUAGUUAUAUUACCGAAAGCGAUGUGGAUGACAACGAUAAAUGUAUUGAGGAGCAAACGAGUGAAGAAGACGAUAUCGCAUUCGACGAUACUUACUGA